CGAAGGACGAAAUAUAGUGAGGACCGUUAAACAGUACCCUCUGGUUACGUCUAGUUUUACAGAAAGCAAUGAACGAAAACGAAAUAGACAACUUAAAAAAUGAAUUGGAACAUGAAAAAACAUGCAGGGAGUCAGCCGUAUGGCAAAAUGGAGAAUUGGAAAAACAAAUUGUUUCAAUUCAAGAAGACUUAAGAAAAACGGAUUAUCCGUGGGAUGGUGAUGGUGAUUUACAAAAAGAAAACUAUAAGCACAAACAAUUGUUGGAAGCUAUCGAUACAUUGAAGCAGCAAUUGCCACUAUUGAAAGAAAAAAUUAGGGGCGCAAAAAUAUGUGGUCCAGACUGUAAAUUGAAACAUGACGAUUUAAACAUAAAUCUGGAUAUAUUAACUCCAGCAGAAUUACUACGCACUGUUAAGCGUUUUGAUAGACUCAAAACGGAUUUAAUCAGUACUCUAAGAAGCAAAGAAUGGCGUUUGGACUCGGAAUCAAAGCUCUUUGUUAGGGUUAACGACCAGAGGACAUAUCUACAAAAUGAAUUGAUGAUAUGUCAAAAUAAUAUAAUGCGCCUGCAAAAAAACGGAAAUUAUUGGCAAUAUGUUCCGCGCAAAAACGACGAGAGAGUCAUAGAUCCUAAACGGGGACCGAUAAAGAAAAUAUUUGGAAACGAACGACUUCCGCCUAUAGUUACUUAAAGGUUAGAAUUACGUUUUGUUUUAACUUCAAUAUUGAAACACUUGAGUUGAGAGUGUUAGAAGAUUACUUAGUUAAGCAACGUAUAUUUGUUUAUAAUGUUGCCAUAUAUGUUUGAUUGAAUAGUUAUAAAUGGAUAAUACUAUACUAUAACAGUUGUUUGUGCUUAUUACACCUAGUCAUAGAAAAAAUAUAUUGUUCUCUUGUAAGCAUAAAAUUGUAUAGAAAUCUUAGAAUUCACUCAUAAAGUAGAAAAUGUAACGAAUGGUUUUAUUGCUCAAAGGCAAUUUUAAUUAAUAUCUAAACUUCACAAACCACAAUAAUAUUAUUUAUAAAUACAAAUGUGUUGUAAAGAGGAAUUAAAUAAGAAA